GAAUCUCUAUCAUAUAGGUUUUGCCAUAUGAUGCUCAGUUGCUGAUGUCCUCUCUCACCUACUGGGUGAAGGAAGCGGAGUGUGUGUUCUAUUCCUUCGAAAAAGAAUGCCUCAAAUUCACCUUUUCUACAAGAAAGACCUUCCAGAAGAUGUGGCCCCGUGCACACACACUUGCAGGCAUGAGACGGUUUUGGUUCGAACUGUGAUCGGAAUAAUUGCAAAACAAUGUACCAAGUCUUGGGUGCAAAAGAACUAGAUAAACCUAUCGCUAAUGAAGUUUGCCCGUAGCUCCCGUGUAUUCAGUGUGUAUCGCCAUUAAUUAUACAGGCUGCGUGAGAAUAAGGAGCAAAGGAUUAAGGGGAGUUGUAACAGCUAGUAAUAGCAGCUCUUUGUGAAAUUAAUUAGGGAAAUUGGAGAAGAGUGCCAUCUCAAACUCAUGGAGGAAAAUGUAGCUUUGCGAAAAAAGACUUUUUUAAAUGUUAAUUAAACUAAAUUAUGUAUCCACCACAAAUCAUUAUUCGGAAUUCUCGUUUAUCAUAUGUAGGUACUUAUAAAUUAAUUAGAAAACUUUUUUUUUAUGUCCAUUAAAAAUUUCAAUAAGAAACCAUCUAAAUCUAUAAAGCAUCACAAAUCAAGAUGCUCGUGUCUGGUGUGACGCUUUAAUGUUCGCUGUCGUUAAUCUUUUUGACCAGAUUUCAUGUCCUCAGGCUCGUUUGUUCGUUCCCUCGUCGCCACAAGAGUCGUGUCGUACGCGACUUGCAUUGUUUAUGUUCGCCUUCGACAAAAAUAUUUUACCAUCGUACGAAAGGAUACUCUUUCUGUGUGGCAACUGUUCAGAAUUCAUUUGCAGCUUUCCUCAAGCUUAGCCAAAAAUUUCAGCAAACACUCAGCAAGUUCCAUCCAUUUUAGUGCUGCUACUGCCACUAUCAAUCUCAUCUCAUCUUGUCUCCCUGCGAGGGGGAAAAAGCUACAGGCACCAAAAUCUGUCGUAUCCCCUCCGUCGACCAAAAGAGAAUGAAUGGGUGGAAGGGAGGGGGUUCUGAGUUUUUAUUAUUUUAAGAUGAACCACAACUCAAGAUGCGAAUGAGCGGGAAAAGCUUACAACAUCCAACAGCAACGUGUAACCAUAAAGCACCGUUGGCAUCAUAAAAUUUAAUGCAAAUGGUACUGCUGCUGCUGCUGCUGCUGCCAACCAUAUCUCCAUCGCCCUCCCCUAUUGCAGAAGGAAAUUAAGAAGUUGUUCCAGCUAAACUACGGUGACGAUGGUGCCAAAGAACCAUAGCGAGUUGAGAUCCUUCGUUGCUGCAGUUCGGCACAGCCGAGUGGAACGGUCGGUCGGUUUGCCCGAAAUUGGUCAUUAAAGUGUUGUCAAGAUGUUGUUUGAUUUACAGCUCUCGACCUUCUCCCUAUCUCUCCCUUCCUCUACUCUCGGACGUAGUUUAUCCUUUUUCCAUUGGGCAAACUGGACCAAGAUGAGCUCCAGAGAUAAUUGAUGCACACCCGUGUUGGUUCGGCCGCGCUAGGCAGCAUCCGACAACCGGAAAUGCUGUCAACAAUGUGGAAAAUUCUGUGGUUUACAAGAUGGAAGCGUAGCCGUCGAGGAGAGCAUCGUGCCAUUUUGGGUGAUAUAUCAAUGAAUUCGCUCAUGAAUAAAUUUGCUGUGCGGUCAACCGUAAUGUAAUUUGAAUGCUGGUUGGACUCUUUUUUUGGGGUUCAUGAUUUGGAGUGCUUUGGAAUAAAUGAUGGACGGCGAUGAUGGUGAAAUGGUGCAAUAAUUAAAGAGUAGCAUAGAAGGUGUGACAUGUGUAUUGAAAAUAUUCAAGAGAAAGAAAGACUUAAGAAUUCUUGGGAAGCAUUGAGGAAUUGAUUGCGAAAUUAUAAAACGCUGCAAUGGGUAACGUAACAAAUUUAAUUAUUUAUUUAUAAACUACAGAUACAACUCAUUUAUUUGAAUAUUAAUUUUGACUACUACGAUGAUUCAAAUAACUUUUUAAAAAAUCGUAAUUCAGUCGAUACAAAUCGAAGCAACUCAUUUUGAGUUUUGACUUCUAAGCAUGAUUGCCUCCAAAUCUAAAACAUCCGAUCGCCUAACAGCAGAAAAGCUGCACCGAAUCAUCAAAAACAUACGCAAUGCGUCCAGCAUUCUCAGCUCAUCGGAAGACACUGACUUUGGAGGAUGUGAUCAAAAGUUGGAUGCCAAUAAUGAAUGCUGCACUCUGAACGUAUCACAGUUAAAAAUUUCCCACCGAAAGCUGACAGUGGACGAGAUUGAUAAAAUAAUGAAAAAUCUUUCAACCACACCGACACCUUCCGGUGAACCCGACCGGCCAUCCACUGUGGGCAGUGAAAUGCAACAAGUGAAGCAGGAAGCUCCAUCUGUUUCGGAGAUCCAAUAUGUUGAAUCGGAAAUUUCUUUUACCAGCUACGACCCAUCGGCCGAUACACAUUCAGCACUCGAACUCCCCGCUGACGUGGAGGACAAUUUAGCAUAUUCCAACGAAUCGCUUCUGUCCUUCAGCGACAACGAUGACGAUCAAUCCGACCGUACGAACGUUCGAUUGCAUUUCUCCCCCGGGUCGGCAGCAAGCUGGACGAAUCCGUCGACAUUAUUCGCUUUCCGAACGAUUGAACAAACUGUGUCGGAAGAGUACGAAAGUUAUGGCGAAACUUCGAGUUCCGUCGUCGAUAGGCCAAUUAUGCAAGUUAAAGUGCGCCCGCUCCCUGCAUCGCAUGCCAUCCGCACCGGAUGCCUUCGCGUGCAACCAUCUGACGACGAGCGGCCGAUGAUUGAUUUUCGACAAAUUGAGCGUAACACAAAAGCGGCGACAUGGAAGCAUCGGGACAAAAUUGGUAAAAGCUCCAGGCACCAAGGAAACUUUGUUGCGUUAAAGUGUGCAACUUUAAAGCCACAAACUGCAGGGGGAUGAUUUUAAAUGGGAAAAAGUUUCCUUGCGACAUUGUUAAUGAAAAUUAUUGGAUAAAAUGGAUAAAAUGAUAUUGCUUGUAAUUUAAUACAAUUUUUUAUAUGAUUUAAGACUUCAAA